AUUUUUUAUAAGCUUGUUAGCGGGCUCAUCAAGUAUCAUAUGUUCAUCUGUUAUUUCUUAUAUAUUGUAGGUUUUAUAUGGUUCAUAGUUACUUUGAAAAAGAAGAUGUACAAGUAUCAGUUUAGCCAGUAUGCUUGGACACAUAUGAUCCUUCUUAUGGUGUUUGCACAAUCCUCCUUUACUGUGGCCAACAUAUUUAAAGGAAUUUUCUAGUUUCUUCUGCCAGCUUCUCUUAUUGUGAUCAAUGAUAUAGCUGCAUAUAUCUUUGGUUUCUUUUUUGGGAAGACGCCAUUAAUCAAACUUUCACCAAAGAAGACUUGGGUGGGUUUCAUUGGUGCAUCAGUUGCUACAAUGUUUUCAGCAUUUCUGUUAGCAAAUGUGCUUGGACGCUUUCAGUGGUUAACAUGUCCUAGAAAGAUAUCUCUACAAUUUCCAUGGAAAGAGGUGUAUAUUUUGCCAGUUCAAUGGCAUGCGUUGGCUUUUGGUUUAUUCGCGUCAAUUAUUGCACCAUUUGGAGGAUUCUUUGCCAGUGGAUUCAAGAGAGCUUUCAAAAUUAAGGAUUUUGGUGAUAGCAUUCCUGGACAUGGUGGAAUUACUGAUAGAAUGGACUGCCAAGUAAGUUCUUCAAAGUUUGAAAUUUGAAAGCUUUAGACAUUAUUGCUUGCUAGUAUGAAACGAUGGUUUACGUCACCUAAUUAUCAUAUGGUGAAUGUGCUUACUAGACUCAUUUCUUAUUUUCUUCUUAAAAAACUACUAACAUUGUGUACUAGCAGCACAUUC